AUGUCGGUGGCCACCAAAAACCCUUUCGCCCUUUUGGAUGACGAGGAUGCCGCGCCCUCUCCUCCCGCUGCUACCCAGGCGCCCGCCCCUCCAGCUGCUCCCGCUCGCAGCCAACAACAACAAAGAGGCCGUGGUCCCGCUGCUCGAGGUGGCAAAUACUACGCUCGUGGCGGCAAGACUGCCCCCAAGGAGGCCCCCACCAACGGCGUAGAUGAAGUCCCUGGCGACGGACAAAGGAGAUCUGAUGGCGAAGUUCGUGGUCGCGGACGAGGCCGAGGUCGUGGACGCGGUGGCGAUCGAGGUGGCCGUGGUCGUCAGUUCGACAAACACAGUGCCACCGGCAAGACCGACUCGGACAAGAAGAUCCACCAGUCAUGGGGUGGCGAUGACGGCAAUGCUGAAUUGCAAGUCGAGCAGGCAGCUAGCAACGACGUGGCUGUCGAGAGUUGGGGAGGUGAAGCCUCCACUGCCGACUGGGGUGCCCCCGCCGCUGACGGCGCCGAAGCACCUGCCGCCGAGGGCGAUGCUGCCGAGAAAACAGGCAACGAAGGCGGACGCCCUCGCAAGGAGCGUGAGGAAGAGGAGGAGGACACCACUCUGACUCUGGAUCAGUACCGUGCCCAACAAAAGGAUGCGUUGGCCGUGCCGAAGCUCGAGACGCGCAAGGCUAACGAUGGCGCGGACGGUGACAUCUGGAAGGAUGUCGUGCCUCUCCAGAAGACUGGCGAAGAAGACGCCUACUUCGUCGGCAAGAGCAAAUCCGCUCCCAAGUCGCGUGCACCCAAGGUCGAAAAGGUGUACCUUGAGAUCGACGCCCGCUUCGAGCGUCCGGAUCGUGGUGGACGUGGACGUGGACGUGGCGACCGUGCUCGCGGUACCCGUGGCACUCGCGGCAGCGCCCCAAGAGGCGGCCGAUCCAACGGAGGGAACCGUGUCGUGAACGUCGACGACGAGGCUGCAUUCCCCUCCUUGUCAUAA